GAAGGAGCCAGCUCAGGAAGUCAAGACAAGCUGGUGCAAACAUGGCGGCCGCAGCGGGCAGAGUUCUGUCCUUCAGUAAAAAUGUUAAGGUGCUUGUUUCACCUUUGAGGCUGUCAGCUGUACCUGCUCACCGCUACAGUUUAGAGGUUUCCAGCACCGGUGAGGUCAUCACUCACACCGGCCAGGUGUAUGAUGAAAAGGAUCCCAGGAGAGCCAGAUUCGUUGGCAGACAGAAAGAGGUGAAUAAGAACUUUGCCAUCAAGUUGGUGGCAGAGGAGCCAGUGACUGACAUUGAGGCCAGAGUGGUGUCCUGUGAUGGAGGUGGAGGAGCCCUGGGUCACCCCAAAGUCUAUAUCAACCUGGAUAAAGAUACGAAAGUGGGCACAUGUGGCUACUGUGGAUUACAGUUUAAGCAGAAGCAUCAUCACUGAAACAAUUCCUUUGUCUUUGCUUCUCUGUAUAAAUUGCCAUAUUGGUUAAUAAAUUAUAUCUAUCUGUC